UGCUGUGAUCUAUCUUAAAUUUAAUGAACGUUGUAAUGAGGAGUCAUUGCGAAAUUUGGUGACUUCCCCCUUUUUUUUUAGGCCUUACGACAAAGGAUGAAAAAUAAAGCGCCAACAUUUUUUAUGAUUUAUUUAUGAUAACAGUCUUGGAUAUCGUCGAGUGCUCAGAUAGUUCUCUUCCUUUCUUUAGAAUUUCAUCCAUUCCAUGUCAAAAUCGAAUCAAUUAAUCUACCAUUUUCAUGGUUAGCGCUUGCCCGUAAUGAUCCCAUCGUGUACAAUUUUCAAAUAUUUAAGGUGCAGGAGCUCCUGGUGUGAAUUUUUCAGAGCAUGCAUAUGAUAAUCACGUAGGAGUGCAUUGUCAACCAACUGGAUAUCAACCUUAUUCAAAUCCACCUUAUCAUCCUAUUCCAUCACCAAGACCUCAUCAUUAUGCUAAUCAUCAGAUGCAGCCAAACAUGCCUUAUAGGCAUCAUGGAGGAGCCUAUGCUCCAAAUCAGAAUCAGUAUGGACAGAAUAUGAACCAAGAAGUAUACAGAAAUCAUCAUUCUGGUUAUAUUGGAGGCCCCAAUUCAAGAAACAUGCCAACAAAACCAUGGCCGGAAAAUAAUGCAUCACCUGAUUUGAUGCCUCCAUAUGGCCAAGUUUCACAUCCACAAAUGAUGAACAACCCAUCCCAAAUGCCUGUGAAUUCUAUGCGAUCUCCACCACAUGCUACCUCUAAUAUGAAUCCCACCCCACCUCAGAACCAGCAGCAUUAUAGACAAAUGCAGUCACCUGCACAUUCCCCUCAUUCAUGGUCACAAGCACAGAUUCCGAGUCCUGGUGUCAUGCAUUCUUCCAGGACUACUCCAUCACCAUUACCUGCUCAUGUUCGCUCUCCAGGGCAUAGUCAGCAACCAUUUUCUCCACCAGCCGCCCAUGCUAUGAGUAUGCCACCUCAUCCACAAACACCUGAAAAUGGACAAAUUCCACCUCAACCACCCAUGAAUCCUACAAGUGGUUCAGAUAAUCACAAUCCUUCAAAUCCUUUGCAUUCUCUGCAAAAGAUGGUAAUGCUUGAGCAAGAUCCUUCCAAGGCUAUGAUGCCUAUGAUGGGAGAUGGUUCUGAGCAAUUUGCCAAUCAGUGUGGGUCUCACAAUUUUGUUCCUGAUGAGACUGCUGGUACAGAAUCCAAAGAUUCAUCGUAUUCUACCUACUAUAAUAUGGAUGAAAACCGCUUUGAAUCAAAACCUAAUAAUGCUGCAAAUGAUGCAUCAGCUUAUUCUUCUGUACAACAAGUCUCCAACUGUAAUUUCCCCAUGCCAUCACAUCCGCUCAACAGUGAAGAAGUGCCGAAUGCUACCACUGCACCCUGUAGUAGCAGUUCAAAUUUGCAUGAAGUCCACCAUUCUGCUCCCUGUACUUCAUCUCCAGUUACUAAUUCAAAUUCUGCUGCACCUCUUACUCAAUGCAAAGCAAAUGUUACCCAGAAUGACUGUGCAUUAAACUUAACAGAGUGCCCACCUCAUGCAGAAUCCGCUCCUGUUUUCACAGACCAGACAAAAGCUGCGGUAUCUACAAAUUCUGAGCAGGCAUUAGAAUCAAAAUCCAGUCCAAAUUGGACCUCAAGUGUGUCAUCCACAAGCAGUGAAGGACUAUCUAUAGAUAUUCCAGUUGCUAGCACAGCAGAAGAACAUAUUUCUAUACCUAUUAAAAAUUCCUACAGUACAAAUUCAGACACUGCAUCUAAAUCUUCAGUUACUGCCAACACUCAGAUAAAACAAGAAAAAAAUGAUGAAAUAAAAAAUCCCUGCAUAGUUUCAGCAAUUCCUGCUGACACAGGUGGGGUUAUUACAGAAGAUUUUACUUGUGAAUCUGAUGAAGUAUCCACUAAGGAUUCUGAUAAAAAUCCUUUGGUUAAUGUUCAGUGCAAGAAAGAAAAUUUAGAUUUUCCUGACAAAACAAAUGACAGAGGGUGCUCAAAUACAAUAAAACUGACUGCAGAAGUGCAUAAAUCCGAUGAUGGUUCAGAAACUCUUGAUAAAUGCUCGAUAGCUUUGAAAGAUGAAUCAUCUUCUAGUGAAGAUUCAAAAAGGUCCUCCUUAAGAAGGCGAAAAGUUGGAGCAAAUUAUGAAGAAGCUCCAUCUCCUGAAACUGAUUUAAAAGAUACAUGCCGGACAGAAAGUUUUAAUUCCAGCAUCAAAGAUUUGGAUUCACCCUUAAACUGUGAUAGUUCUCCAAAAGAUCCUGACAGUCCCGACUCCAAAUCAUCAAAAGAUUCAUCUCGGAAUCCUGUCAAGGUUGUCAUUCACAGAAUACGCAAAGAUGAUACAAAUGACACUUGGCAUGUUCCAGAAGCUAAUGGCAAAGAAUGUUCCAAUGAAAAUAGUAGUGGCGAAAGUUUGACAGAAAAGAAAACUGAAUCAAAAAUUCCCAAUGUUGGUCCUCAGAUAAUAAUAUUAUCUCCAGCAGUGUCCCAAAAGAAAUUUGGGUUUAGAAGUUCAGUAGAUUCUGAUAAUGUUAUCACUAUCAGUGAGGAGAACAGCAUUAUAGAAACUAUUGAGAGUAAUUCUUCUGAUGCACCUUCAUCUUCUAAAAAGGAUAGUAACUUGACCAAUAGGAAUUUUAAUGGAUCAAAUUCUGACAAGAAACGUGGUAGACCAGUAGGUUCUAAAAAUAAGCUUAAGCCAGGUUGUGUGAAGAAAAAGAAAGGUCGGAAAGGUAUUAAAAAGAAAAAGAUUGAAUUGACCAAAAACAAAGUAGUAGAAACUCCUCCUAAACCUAAACGAAUAAAAAAUUUUAGUGGACCUUAUGUACAUAUAGUUGGGAGUAAAGACAAACCAACUUCCAUUAAAGUAAUCAAUGUUGCUCAAAAAGAAGAAGAGAAAUUGAAUAAAAUCCAGUCUAAAAGAAAUUUUAGUAGUACUGUUAAUAGAAUUAAAAAAAAGCAAGUGGGUCAUCUUAGUACGUUAUCUCCUACAUAUGAUGCCUUUAAUAGAGAUAAAACUUGGCUUUGUGUGUUUUGUCACAAAGGUAGUCAUCAUGGAGGACUAGGAGAUUUGUAUGGUCCAUAUUAUAUUAAAGACAAAAAUCCAGAAAAGUCAUCAACAGCUUCCACAUCUAGUUCUGGUUCAGCACGAAGGAAACGGCGCAAAUCCGAAAUUGAUGAUUCUAAAGGCUCUAAAAAGGCUAGACAGAAUUCUGGCCAUACACCUGUUGAAUCCACCCCAGUGAGAAGUUCCUCUCAGCUUGAUGAUUCCUUGGAUGCAGAUAUGUCAAAUUUGAAAGAAGUUUGGAUCCAUGAAGACUGUGCAGUUUGGUGUCAGAGUAUAUCUUUAAUUGGAGAAGAUGUGCAAGGUUUGGAAGAAGCCAUCACUGAGGCCAGUGAAAAUACAUGUUGUCAUUGUAAUUUACAAGGUGCAACAUUAGGCUGUUGGGGGAAAAGUUGCAAGCAACAGUAUCAUUUCACCUGUGCCAAAGAAACUGGUUGCCAGAUGGACAUUGAAAAAUUUUCUUUGUUAUGUCCUCAACAUCAGCAUCGAACACAUGUGUCUGGACCUUCUAAGGAAACUGAGACGGUGGUGAAGAUAGAGAAGAAGUCUUCUGAACGCCGUACUAGGUGCCAAUGAGGAACAUCAUGUGCUUGCCUUCAAGCUGCUUUAGAAGGGACACAGGGAAGGCUCCACAUGUAAUAGCUAUGUAGAUAGUGAAGCACAUCAUUCCAGUUUUUCAAACUCCAUUGUCUAUAGUUUAUGUGCUCCAAGGAAUCAUAGAACAGAAAUCUGUGUCCUCUGUGUGUCAUUGAUUCAUGUUGUGCUUUGUUCAUACAUAUUAUGUAUAAAUAUCUAUACAUAUACUUCAAAAUUAACAGCUCCUGCAGUGACAAUUUUUAUGGACUGGAGAAGAAUUUUCUGAGUUGUGUUUUUGGCAGGUGUGGAACUGUACCAUGCAAUCAUAUAAUUCUGCUGUCUGUAACAAUGAAGAGUUAUAAACACUGUUGUGGUAGGGAAAGCUCUAAAUAGUAGCCUUCUGAACUUAUUUUCACACAGUAAAAGCUGUACAAAAAAAAAAAAA